UUUAAUUUUCAUGCCGUCCUUUUCUCCUUUUUUCUAUGUGAUUGGUGAACGCACAUCAUUAUGAGGUGUAGACUUUCCCUGUUUAGUUGUUGAUUUUUCAAUGAUAAUGUGAAAUUUCAACUGCUUUUUUUUUGUUAGUAUUUAUAGUAAUCGUUCACUUAUUUAUAUUUAUAACCUUGCAUUUUCGUUCUUUGAUUAUUGAGGCUGACAAUUUUGUCUUCACCAUGCUGUUUCUUGGUCUGUUUGUUCUGAUAUUGGCUAAAGAAGCCAUGGUGGAUGUUAAUUGUAACCCCGAUUUGGCUUCGAAUAAACUAUCACUUGAUGAAAUUAGAGAUUCUUUGAUCAGACAAGAGGAUACUAUUGUUUUCUGUCUCAUUGAGAGAGCCAAGUUUCCUCUUAAUCCAAAGCUGUACCAUCGUAAUCAUGGAUUUACUGGUUCUUUGGUUGAGUUCAUUGUGAGAGAAACCGAGGCCAUUCAAGCUAAGGCCGGUAGAUAUGAGAAUCCUGAAGAAAAUGCAUUCUUCCCAGAACAUUUGCCUCGUCCUUUGGUGCACCCUCACAAGUAUCCAAAGGUUUUGCAUCCUUCAGGUGCUUCAAUUAAUAUGAACAAACCCAUAUGGGAUUUCUAUUUCAAUAAAUUCUUACCAUUGUUGGUUGCCGAUGGCGACGAUGGAAAUUAUGCAGCCACUGCUGCUAGUGAUCUUGCCUGUUUGCAGGCACUUUCAAGGAGGAUUCACUGUGGAAAAUACGUAGCUGAGGUGAAGUUUAGGGACGCCCCCCAUGAAUACGAGCCUCCUAUUCGCUCUCAGGAAAGAGAUAGUUUGAUGAAGUUAUUAACAUUUGAGGCCGUGGAAGAGAUGGUGAGGAAGAGAGUAGAGAAGAAGGCUAGGGUGUUUGGGCAAGAAGUCACCCUCAACAACACAAUUGAUGGGGGAAAGUAUAAGAUCGAUCCAUUGCUCGCGGCUCGCCUUUACGACGAAUGGGUAAUGCCUCUCACGAAGGAAGUCGAAGUCGAAUACCUUCUACGUCGUCUUGAAUGAUUCUAUCCAAUGACCAUAAAUAAAUAACAAGAUCAACUAAGAUUUUUUUGAAGAUUUGUGACGGUAAUCCUAUCAUAUAUAUAAUUUAUUCUAAAAAUUCUAUAAUCACUAGUUGAGUUAUGUUUAGAACACAACCAACCGAGAUUUUUUAAAGAUUUAUGACGGUAA